CAUUUGCCACGCGAGCGAGAGAGUUAUCCAGAUUCAGACAGCCGCUAGUUAUACCAGGUCCGUUUUCCCGGGAGGAAUUGUCGACGGGUAAGGCGCCUUUUGCCCACCGUCGGUCCCAAAGUCGGUGGCGUGAGUGGGAAGAGAGGCUAGGAAGAGGCCAAUUAGGGUGCCUGCCAAGCCAUACCCUACUCCCUAGCCGUGUCGGCGUGGUCGAACUUCACGGGAAUACGAUCCGUCUCUCGAAUUGUCGCCCUGUAUUCCUCGAUCUGCUCCUUCGUUAACAUGCCCCGGCCAAUUGCUAGUCUGCCCUAUUUGAAGACUGCCUAGUUCUACCCAAACCCUUCGAGCUAGGAUAUGUACGGGCCGCACCAGCUCCUGGCGACCAUCAAACCGGUUCUGUUGAUGUAUCACACAUGAGGCCAGAUUUUUCUUCCGAGUCAGUGGGGCAGAAUCCAACACCCACGGCAAAUCUGGACGAGCCGUGCGAGACGUCCGAAUGGCAGGGCCGCGCCGCCGCUCCCGACGCUUCCUCUCCGAGCCAGAGCGUGAAGGUCGAGAGUCGGAGUCCCAGCGCUGGCCUGAGCCGGUACCAUGGGGUCCUCGGCAGCUCUCCGGUGUCGCCCGAGAAGUGCUCGGUCGGCGCGGAUUCGUCGUCUACGGCCGGUUAUGAUCGCGACUCAGAUCUGUCGUCGCCGGCCUCGUCUGCGCAUGGGCCCCUGCCCAUACUGCACCGUAAUCCAAAGUCGUCCAGUAGCCCGGAUGAAUGCCACACUCACAAAGUCUCAGCAAGCGCUGAAGUCCAGUCCGCGGAACAAAAGCAGUCAUCUCGGGGCAAGCAGACGCGCCAUCACCUCCAGCCGGCCGUAUGGGAACGCUACAAAGACGACAUACACGACCUCUACAUCGAGCAGAACAAACCGCUGAGUGAGUUGAUGGAGAUAAUGAGCGGCAAGGGAUUCAAGGCUACUCCCCGAAUGUACAAGGCGAAAUUUGCCCAAUGGGGGUUCGUCAAGAACAAUAAGCAGAAGGAUGUGGCGAUGAUGCUCCGACUACAGCGUCAGAGGAACGCCGCGGGCAAGCCAACAACGUUCCGUCGACAUGGGAGGUCGAUCGACAUCGAAACUUACAUGAAGCGAAAAGGUAUCUCGAAUAUCGAGCUCGCCGUACCCGCCCUCGAAGUCGAGCUCCCGGAAUACCUGCGUGCGCUUACCCCCCCGCCGGCCGAACCCCAGCAUAUGACCUUACCCUCUCAUCUUCACGCCCAAGACAUUCUCGUCUCCUGCUAUAAGAACCUCACCUCGAGCUGGCGAGACUCGAUAGUAUCGGCCGCUUCGUUUGAAGAAGAUUUCAAUAUCUAUUUCGACGGGGCUCUAUGCGAGGCAACGAGAGACUUCAGCAGAGCAUGCUGGUUCUUUUCGCGAGGACACAACUCCCACGGUGCCUUGCUUAGUCAGAGAGCCUUCUCCUCGCUGCAUCUCCUCAUUAAGGCACCAUCCGCCCUCGGCCUGUUCGACCUGCUGAUAGCUAGCGUUAUAUCGCCGGACUACGGACUGGUCAAGGAACUGUGGAAGUACCUCGCCGCCUACGCGGACGCGACGCUGGGGCCGUGGAGCACGCUCUGCCGGUUGUUCACGGCGCUCGACGAAGUGUUCCGGACCAAUACGCUCGAGACGGGGGUCGACUUCAUCUUCAGUUGCAUGGAGAGCAUACUCGGGAUGCUGCUCGAGACGGGCGACUUCGCGCAGACGAUCGCGCCGUCUCUCAGCUUCUUCCUUCUCGGCGACCUCAUCCUCUUCGACUCGACGCGGACAAACCUGCCCUCGCUCCAGCGCGCCGUCGCCUCCGUGUCGACCAUCCUGUCGUCGUUGCCACAGGGGUACAGCGACGCGCCAAGUGUCAUGCGCUUCGUCGAGCCCGCCGCCUACCUCUGGCAGCACGGCCCUUACGACGAGCACUCGGCGCAGCUCGCGUACGCAUCGCUCCAGCUCGCCGACGACGCAUCGAACCGCUACGACUGGAUCUACUGGGUAUCGUGGCGCGUCAUCGCCCGCUUCCACCGCAGCCGGUGCGGCGACGCCGAGGGCGCCGCGGCGGCGAUGAACCCGCGCCAUGCGCUCGCGCGCUACGCCCUUGGGAAGGCCGUCGACGCCGCUCAAGCCGGCCGCGGCUUCAACGAGUCACAGAUCUUCGACGACAUGGCAACUCUCGAGGCGUGGCACCGCGAAGCCGGCGACACCACACAGCAGCUCGCCGUGCACCGCCGCCGCGAGGAUGGCCUGCGAGACUACUUCGAGGAGCUUCGGGGGGGCAUUGGGCACGAGGAGCUGCCGAGGACACCCAACUCGCCGUGAGUUUCCUUCUCUUUGUUGUGGAGACUAUUAUUUCUUGUCGUAUUAUUUCUACGGGAAGGCGAAACACUGUUUCUCUCUCUCUCUCUCUCGGUUUCCUACAUAAUGAUGAAUGACG